AUGGGUGACCGAAGCACCGGUGGUGGUGGCGGAGGUGGUGGUGAUUGGAUUACGUAUCCACCGCUCACCGCAACCAAUUAUACAAGCUGGAGCAUCAGCGUUCAGGCGAUCAUGGAGGAUCAGGGCGUUUGGGAGAUCAUGGAACCAUCGGGGGAGACGUCCGAUCAGGGCACAAUGACGGUGAGGUUUGUUAGCGAGGAGCGCAUCAAGGAGGCACGGUUGCAGACAUUGAAAAGCGAAUUUGAUGGCUUGCGGAUGAAGGAGGAGGAGUCGAUCGAUGUGUAUGCUGGGAAGCUGACGAGGAUGUCAGUGAGGUAUGCAAAUCUAGGCGGCACGUUGGAUGACGCUGCACUGGUGAAGAAGCUCUUUGACACCAUGCUAGAGCGCUACAUCAACGCGGUCGUCGGGAUCGAACAAUUCUAUGAUCUCAAGAAGCUCGCGUUCGAUGAAGCUGUUGGGUGGUUGAAGGCAUAUGAGGAGCGCACCAAGCAGGGAGCGGGUGGUGCGAAGUCAGACACCGACCAGGUGCUACUGACGCAAGCUGAGUGGGAGGCUUGGCAAAAAUGGACGGCAGUGGUUGAGUCAGUUCAGCAGGGAACUGAGACACAGACUGACACUAUUCAUGGUCAGACAACAGAUGUAGAAUCAGCUGCAGCUCAAAAUGCAGACUUGGAUCAAGGUGAUAUGGACAUGGGAGAUUCAAGUGACUAUGAUGAGGAACCUUUGAGUUUCAGAAGCCUGAAUGAAGUGUAUCAAGAUAGUGUGGAAGUGGAGUUAACUUUUGACACAGGAGUUGAUGCACUAUUAGCAGUGAUGGAGGAACCUAAGUGCUACAAAGAAGCAGCUGGUGAUAGAGAUUGGGUGGCAGCUAUGUAG